AUGUCUUCACCUUCAUCAUCUAGCCUUAGUGAAAUAAGUCAAAAAGAAGAAAAAGAAAUUGAAUUAACAAAUAAUAAAGAAAGUGAAGUGAGAGUUGAAGGAACAUAUGAAAUUGAAGAAAUUGAAGAAGUUAAAAAGAAACAUCCUAGUAUUUUCAAUUUAAUAUUUUUUAGAAGGUCAUUUCCUCAAAUUAUUAAAGGAAGAAAAGGAAGUUUAAAUGUUGAAGAUAUUGGACAAAUGCCAAGUAAUUUAAACAUAGAAAAAUCAUAUGAUACAUUAUUAAAAACAUGGGAAAAAGAAAUUCAAAAGAAAAAUCCAUCUCUUAUUCGUGCUGUUAUCAAAAGAGAAUGGUGGCCAUUUUUAUUAUCACUUAUUGCAAUUUCUAUUUCACAAAUAGCAAUGUUAAUGUUUCCAUUAAUGCUUCAAUUUAUUGUUGCAUGGGUAAAAGAAGAUGAACCAAAAAAAUGGCUUGGAUUUGUAUAUUGUGGAAUUAUUUUAAUUACUCAAAUGAUUGAUAGUUUUGGAUAUGAAUUUUCUUGUAAAUGGAUAUUUACAUUAUCAAUGAGAGUAAGAAAUGGAUUAAUUGGAUUAAUUUUUGAAAAAGCAUUAAAAUUAAAUUCAGCAGGAAUAGAAGAUACAGGUAAAUUAGUAAAUUUAAUGUCUAAUGAUGCACAAGUUCUUGUAGAAGGACUUCCACUUGUAGUUCUUGGAGCAGCUGCACCACCAAUGUUUAUAUUAGUAUAUAUUGCAUUAGGAAUAAUAGCAAAGAUAUGGUGUCUUAUUCCAUUAGGAGUUAUGGCAAUAUUUCUUAUUUUAAAUGGUAUGUUUGGAAAAGGAAUUGGAGUAUUUUAUGAUAAAUUUGUUCAUCGUAAAGAUAGAAGACUUGGAUUUUUUGGAGAAAUUAUUCAUAAUAUUAAAUUCAUUAAAUAUAAUAGUUGGGAAGAAUCAAUGAAUAAAAGAUUAAAUAAACUUAGAAAUAGUGAAUUAAUUAGAUUAAUUUCUUUUGGUAUGUUUAAAGGUGCAUUAAUUACAUUAAUGGUUGAAAUUGGACCAACUAUGUCAUUUAUAAUGUUUCUUACAAUGGUACUUACUGAACAAGAAUUUAAAGUUGAAACAGUUUAUUCAUGUAUGGCUAUUUUUAAUUGUAUUAAAUUACCAUUUCAAUCAUUUGGAUAUCUUAUUGCUUGUUUAACAACAAUUAAAGUAUCAUUAACAAGAAUAAAAGAAUUUUUAUUAACACCUGAAUUAAAACCAAUUCCUGUUUCAACAAAAUCAGAUUCUGAAUAUGCUAUUGAAAUGAAUAAUGUUAACUAUAAAUUUCCAGAUGGAGAAAUAGCAUUUAAUUGUGAUGAAUUAAAAAUUAAAAAAGGAGAAUUAGUAUGUGUUUUAGGUAGUGUUGGAAGUGGAAAAUCAUCAUUUAUAUUAUCAAUAAUUAAUGAAUUAGAAAAAAGUAAAGGAGAAUGUAUUAUAAAUGGAAGUGUUACUUAUGCAUCACAAACUGCAUGGUUAAUGAAUACAUCUGUUAGAGAAAAUAUAUGUUUCUUAUCACCAUAUAAAAAAGAACAAUAUGAUAAAUCAACUUAUAAUGCAUGUUUAACAAGAGAUUUACAAAUAUUAAAAGGAGGUGAUAUGUAUGAAGUUGCAGAAAGAGGAGCUAAUUUAUCAGGUGGACAAAGACAACGUAUUUCUAUUGCAAGAGCAUUAUAUAAUGCAAAAGAUAUUGUUAUUUUUGAUGAUCCAUUAUCAGCAGUUGAUUUUCAAGUUGGAUCAUUUAUUUUUGAACAUGCAAUUGAAAAACAAUUAAGAAAUAAAACAAGAAUUAUUGUCACAAAUCAAACAUAUUUUAUUGAUAAAGCUGAUAGAAUUAUUGUUAUUGAAGAUAAAAAAAUUGUAUUUAAUGGUAGUAUUGAAGAAUUAAGAAAUUCAAAUUUAGAAGCAUCUCAAUUUGUUAAAACUGUAAGUUCUAAAAAGAAAAAUAAUAAUAAAAAAGAAGAACAAAAACAAGAAACAACUCCACAAGAUGUUUGUGAAACAAUUAUGGAAGAAGAACAUAGAGAAAGAGGAAGAGUUGCAUGGAGUGUUUAUGGUAAAUAUUUAAAAUUUGGAGGUAUUUUAUUUUUUUUAAUAUGUAUGAUUCCUUUUAUAAUGAGAACAGGAGCAUUAGUAUGUUAUAAUUAUUUUAUUUCACAAUGGAGUAAUGGUAUUGAUGAUAAUCAUUUACAAGGAGAUACUAAAUGGUUUUAUGCACAUUGUUAUGCAUAUGCAGCAGAAUUUAUAUUAAUGUAUAUUACAAUUACAGCAAUGAUUUGGUUUGGAGCAUCAGCUUCAAAAUAUCUUCAUAUGAAUUUAAUAAAAAAAAUUUUUAAAACAAAACUUGGAUUUUUUGAUGUUACUCCAUUAGGAAGAAUUGUUAAUUAUUUUUCAAGAGAUUUCCAUUUAAUUGAUUCAAAAAUUCCUUCUCAAUUAGAUCAAUUUAUUGGACAAUGUUGUUCUUUAUUAGCUACUUUUAUUAUUAUUUUUAUGGCAAGUUAUAUUUUAAUUCCUAUUGUUAUUAUUGUUAUUAUUGUAUUUUUAAUAUUCCAUACAUUCUUCAUUAAAGCAUCUAUUGAAAUGCAAAGAUUAGAAGGUAUUACAAGAUCCCCAAUAUUUAUUCAUUUUGAUCAAACAUUAUUAGGAUUAUCAACAAUUAGAACUUCAAAUGGACAAGAAACUUUCUUAAAUGCAUUAAUUAAGAAGAUGAAAAAUAAUACUUUAUCAUUUUAUACUCUUCAAAUGGCUAAAAUAUGGUAUUCACAACGUUUAGAAUGGAUGGGAUUUACAAUUAGUACUUUUACAGUACUUAUUUUAGUAAUUCUUAAAUGUUGGUUUAGUGUUGAUACAGGUAUGGCAUCUGUUGCAUUAAUGAAUGUAACAAGUAUUCCUGCAUCAAUUUGUAUCUUUGCACAAAAUAUUGUUGAGCUUGAAAUUACAAUGCAAUCAACAGAAAGAGUUUUACAACUUCAAACUAUUCCUAUUGAAGAAACAAAACAAGUUAUUCAAAAUUAUCAAGAAAUACCUGAAGAUUGGCCAAAAGAAGGAAAGAUUGAAUUAAAGGGAUAUCAAUUUAGAUAUCGUGAAGGAUUACCAUUAGUUUUAAAAGGAGUAGAUGCUAUUAUUAAUGAUAAAGAAAAAAUAGGUAUUGUAGGAAGAACAGGAAGUGGAAAAUCAACAAUGAUGGCAGGAUUGUUUAGAAUUGAAGAACCUGCUGGUGGGUCAAUUCUUGUUGAUGGUAUUGAUACAACAACAAUUCCUAUGCAUACAUUAAGAUCAAGAAUGUGUAUUUUACCACAAGAAGCAACAAUGUUUAGUGGUACAAUUAGAGAAAAUCUUGAUCCUACAUUCCAAAAGAGUGAUGAAGAAAUGAAACAUGUAUUGGAAUUGGUUAAUGUAAAUAAAGAAUUAGAUUAUGUAGUUACAGAAAAUGGAGAAAACUUCUCACUUGGAGAACGUCAAAUGAUUUGUAUGGCAAGAGCAUUAUUAAAAGGAGCUAAAAUAUUAAUUAUGGAUGAAGCAACAGCAUCAAUUGAUAUUCAAACAGAUAUUAUGAUUCAAGAAAUGGUUAGAAAGAAUUUUAAAGACUGUACAACAUUAACUAUUGCACAUAGAUUACAUUCAAUUAUGGAUUCUAAUCGAGUUAUGGUAUUUGAUGAUGGUCAUUUAAUGGAAAUGGAUACUCCAAUUAAUUUAAUUGAGCAAGAAACAACAAUAUUCAAUAAUUUGGUCCAACAAUCAGGAUGUGCUGAAGAACUUAAACGAUUAGCAAAAGGAGAAGCAUCUAUUGCUGAAACAUUAAAAGCUGAAGAUGAAAAAAAGAAAAAACAAGAUGAUGAAUCAUCAGAAUCUACUGAAAAACCAAAAGAGUUGAUUAAUUUAAACACACCAUCUGCAAGUCCAAUGCCACUUGAUGGAACACUGAGUAACAAAACUAAAUCACCAUUACUCAAUUUAAAUACACCAAUAGUAAGUCCAUUACCACAUCCUAUAAAUGAUGAGAAUGAAUCAGUAAGUAAAGAUAGUAAGAGUUCUUCAUCAGAAUAA